AUGUUCAUCGGCCACUACUUCACGUGGAUCGUGGCCGGGCUCCUGUACGCCGUGCAGCUCCAGGACGACCCCACCAACGAGAGCGUGGCGCCGGGGCCCAUGGCCAAGCACGUGGCGGGCAUCAACGGGCUGAUCUGCAUCAUCCUCGCGGGCUGGAGCACGGCGAACCCGUGCAUGUACGAGGCGGGCCUCGCGCUGCAGUCUGUGCUCGGCUCCCGCUGGAGCACCCCCACAGUCACCCUCGGCCUGGGCGUGGUCGGCACCGCGGCGGCGCUCUUCCCGGUGGUGGUGAUGAAGGUGCUCGAGGCCCUGGCCUUUGGCGGGCUGCUUCUGCUGCCCGUCGGGGUCGUGCUGGUCGUGGACACUCUGGUGCUGCCCCGCCUUGGGCUCGACAGCGAGCGCUGCGCCGACGAGGCUGGCUCCACCAACUGGCCUGCCGCUGCAGCGUGGGCGGUGACUGUGGCCGUGGAGUUGCCACCGGUGGUCGCGGGGAAGCUGGCGGUGUUCUUCGCGCCGCUCGUCGGCAUCCCGCUGGCGGCGCUGCUGUACGUCGGGCUGUCGUGCUGGUCCGCCAGGAGGAGCGCACACAGCGCGGACGCCGUGGCCUCCGAGGCGCCGCCAGGCGUCGCACCCAGAGAGGAGCAGGUGUCGAGAGCCAUCGUGUGCCCAGCAGAAGCGGUCAUCGCUCUGCUUUACAGAGUGGGCGCCGAACUCGAGCCAACGCCACAAUCAGGUCAUGUGUUGUCUCUCUCUCUCUCUCCCUUUCCGUUUUUUGAGGCGGGCCUGGCCUGUUCACAUGAAUUCGUGAUUUCUUCCCGUCGGUCAUACGAGCCGCCAGAGGUGGAAGCAGCAGAGCAUGGCAGUUUUCGAGCUCCUGUACGCAGGGCUCACCAGGAGCGAGGGGAGGGUGUAAUCUUAGGUGCAACCAUCUUCCCUCCAUUCGUCCUCGCCUCGAGCCGGCACUGGCACAGUCUCUGGGCAGCGUGCCGCCCGCGAGCACAGCAUGAGCCUGGACUCUCCCCGAGGUCGACGGGCGAUUCGUGGGCGGGUGCCGGCGACGCCUGGGAAAAGCACACAUCUUCGGAGGUUGGUAGACCUCCUACCCUGGCGCGUCGAUUGGCGAAUUGGCCGUUUUCGCUUCGCGAGAGGGCGUCGCGGCCGUCAUCUUUGCAGGUCCCAGGUCCGUCGAUUUCGGUCCCAGGCCGUUUUCGCUAA